AUGCUUCGAUGUAGGUUAUGGAACGAGCGAAGCAGUGCUUACGUCUGCGCCUUCUGUCGCCACCCCGCUCUGUCGCGACAGCAUGGUCUUGGUCGGCGCAACUACUCAGACGCAUCGAAUCCCCUCUCGAAUGGCAACGACAAGACCGGCGGCUGGGGUAGCAGAAACGGCGUGAAAGCGGCCAGGGUUCCAGGCAGUUCCCCAGGACCUCGUGGUCCGGUGGCCAGCGGAUGGGGCCAGCCGACGUUUGGUGCAGGUCUAUCGUCAAGAGCGCCGAGAACUGAUGACCAACAAGGCUCUGUCGGCCAGAGCGACUCGCUUGAUGGCUUACUUCUCCCUCACGAGAUUGCCGCUCGACAAAAGCUGGCGGCCCAGAAAGCGACUGAGUCCAAGGCCACGCAGAUCAAACCCAACUUUGCCAAGGGCACGGCACGAACUGCGACAAAGCCGAAGCCCCUAGGUGGCCUUAGUGGUGGUUUGGGUGGAGCCAAAGGUCAUCGAAGUUCUCCCACCAGCGCUCUUGGUACAGGCACAAAGAAAUCGCUGGGAGGCCUCGAGGAUAAGCCUCUGGCGGCGAGAGAUUGGAGACAUCGGCACGAGGCAGAGAGAGCCCCAACCGGCACGCCAAUACCGCAUCAUCGACACAACGCGAAGGACGAGCGCAAGAGCUCUUCUGCACAGAACACCCCACCACAAGGGCAGGAAGGCCUUGGGAACCCGGAUGCUCAGGAGACAGGUGGAUGGGGUCAACUCUUGAGGAAAAUCAACAAAACUUCUCAAGAUACAGCUCGCGACACGCCAUCAGACUCAGGCUUGUCGAAAGAGGACUUCUUUGCCAAAUUUAAAGAAGUCGUGGCCGACAAGUACAAGCGACCUGACAACAAACCCUGGAAAUCACGCCCCGAUGCUGGCCACAACAAGUACGACAGUUUCCGGAGGACGGAAGAGGUCGUAGAGGAGGAUCCAUCAAAGCCUGAACGUCGAGCACGGGAGUUCGAUGAGUCCUACGAGAUCAGCCGCGAUCCAAGGCGACGCGACAAGGCCGGAAGCCGGAGAGGAGAUGCUUACGGGUCUUCUCGCGGCGCGAAAAAGUCAUCAGCACAACAAAAGUGGGAGGACGAGAACGAGGAAUGGGAAGAUAAUGGUGCAAGCCGGGAAGCUGAGCAUCGCCGCAAGAAGGCCGAAGCAAGGGCGCGGAGGCUGGCUUCGGAAAAGGCUGCACCUCAAAAUAUCUUCCUGCCCGAGUUCAUUAGCAUUUCGAACCUAGGUACCGCACUCAAAAUGAAGCCUCAGGAGUUCCUUAGGUCUUUGGCAGAGAUGGGAUUCGAGGACAUUACCGAGGACAGCAUCAUGACUGGAGAAACUGCUGCCCUGGUUGCCCAGGAGUUUGGUUUCGAGCCAACAGUUGACACUGGUGGUGUCAGAGACCUCAGGCCUAGGCCUCCGCCAGAGGACGUGACAGCGUUGCCAUCGCGACCCCCGGUUGUUACUAUCAUGGGUCACGUUGAUCACGGCAAAACGACGCUGCUGGACUAUUUGAGGAAGUCCUCCGUGGCAGCCCAAGAGCACGGUGGCAUCACCCAGCACAUUGGCGCUUUCAUGGUGAAGAUGUCCGAGGGCAAGCUCAUCACCUUCCUUGACACUCCCGGCCACGCGGCUUUUUUGACCAUGCGGCAACGUGGCGCUAACGUCACUGACAUUGUGGUGUUGGUCGUGGCUGCUGAUGACAGUGUCAAGCCUCAAACCAUCGAAGCCAUCAAGCAUGCCAAGUCGGCAAAGGUACCGAUCAUUGUGGCCAUCAACAAGUGUGACAAGGAAGAUGCCAAGCCCGAUCAAGUCAAGGCUGAUCUUGCCCGUCACGGCGUCGAAAUCGAAGACUUUGGCGGCGACGUCCAGGUCGUUUGCGUCAGUGGAAAGACCGGCCAAGGUAUGAGUGACCUUGAAGAGAACAUCGUCACCCUUGCGGACAUCCAGGACAUGCGUGCUGAGGACGAUGGCUUGGCAGAAGCCUGGGUGCUCGAAGCUAGCGUGAAGCCAUACGGCAAGUCUGCAAACGUCCUUGUCAAACGAGGCACUUUACGCCCAGGAGAUUUCGUUGUAGCAGGCACCGCCUGGGCCAGAGUUCGGCUCCUGCGGAACGAGGCCGGUCAGGAGCUUGAGGAAGCACCGCCCGGCACGCCUGUCGAGGUACUUGGCUGGAGAGACGAACUUCCUGCCGCUGGUGACGAAAUCCUCCAGGCACCCGACGAGGAUCGGGCGAGAACAGCUGUUGAUUACCGCGAGGAGAUGCGCGAACGAGAGGCAUCUUCGAAGCAGCUGGCCGAGCAGGAGCAGCGCGAGCGUGAAGCCAAGGUCGCUGCGGAAGUCGCUGCGGAGAUUGAGGCAGUCGAUGCUGAGGGAGGCGAAAUCAUCGCCACCAAGGUUGUCAACUUCAUGGUCAGGGGUGACGUUGUGGGAUCCGUUGAGGCUGUCUGCGCGACCAUCAACGAGAUUGGCAACAACGAGGUGAAGCCUCGCAUCCUUCGCUCAUCUGCUGGCCAAGUUUCUGAGUCGGACGUCGAGCACGCCGAAGCCUCCAACAGCGUGAUUGCCAACUUCAACAGCACUGUUCCGGCCCACUUGAACCCUGAAGCCCCUUACUCACACACUGGAUUUAGUCUAACACCACCUCCAGGCAAGAUCGAUACCCUCAAGCACGGUAAAAAGGACGUGAACGAGAUCAGGAAAGGUACCGAAUGUGGUAUCGCCUUUGAUGGCUUCACAGACUUCAAGGUUGGCGAUCAGAUCCAGACUUACGAGGAAGUAAGAGAGAAGCGGAGCUUGUAG